AUGUCUUUGUCUCCUGCUUCCUCGGCGACUUACAGUGACGCAGACAGCGUAUACCACGAAGAUGAUGUGUUAAUCUGCCAUUGGAAAAAAUGUAAUCGUCAAUUCGAUGAUGCCGAAGCAAUGUAUUCUCACCUUUCUGUGGAUCAUGUGGGCAGAAAAUCCACAGGAAACUUGUGUUUGGAUUGCUAUUGGGACGAUUGUGAUGUCCGAACUUCAAAGAGAGAUCAUAUCACCAGUCAUCUUAGAGUGCAUGUACCUCUGAAACCGCAUAUCUGUGAGGAUUUAAAAAAACAUUAUAAAAUUCACAGCGAAAGUCAUCAGCAACAAUUGACAAGUUUAAAAAAUCAUCGUACAUCUGGAAGACUCCUUGCACGGCCUCCAACUCCUCCUUAUUAUCAUCCUUAUCAUACCAAUCAAUAUCAUAAUAAUAACGAUAAUCAUUAUGCCAAUGAACUUUCCAGAUCACCUAUAGUGUCAAGAUAUAAUAGUAAUUCUUCGUCUUCGUCAUAUUCAAAUUCGUCUUCCCCUACAUCAAGUUACGGCUCGUCACCCGGAAGUUCGGUUUCUUCAUUAACUACCUCGCCAAUCUCCUCUUCGAUAAAUUCAUUUCCAAUUCAUUCUACAAAAACAAUCACCUCACCCACCCUAAAUUCUAUUUCGUUCCCUCUACCGUCACUACGUCACGACCCAACGCUGAUGAAAACAAAUAUAAAUUACCAGGAAAAAACUCCAAAAUUUUAUCCGAAUUCUCAUAUUCAUCAUCAGCUACCUUCAUCAAUGCCGUCGUUGGUCAAUCGUGAUGGAAGCUCACCAAAAUCAAUAUCCAACGAAAGGCUACCAUCUAUCUCAUAUGCACUUUUUCACGCUGGAUCGACUUCUCAUAUCACAAGAUUUCCUCAAAAUAACACUUUCUGA